AUGAAUGGACACUUGCUGCUGCCGGGCCUGCUCCUGACCCUCCCUCUGACCACAGGCUGGACAGUCUCUAAUUGCCUAGUCACUGAAGGCUCUCGGCUGCCUCUGAUCUCCCGCUUCUUCCUCAUCUGCCCUGUGGACUCCAGCCUGCCCCUCUUUGCUGAGUGCAAUUCCGUGAGCAACCUGACGCAGGCUUUGGAGGCUGUGCCUCAGAACGUGGAGGGACUCUGUCUCUCUGGGUCCACCUCCGUCCUGCCCCCCGGUGCCUUCUCCCAUUUUCCUGGGCUCAAGGUGCUGAGGCUAAAUCUCCGUCUCACUCAGCUCCUGCCAGGGGCUUUCCGGGGCUUGGGGCAGCUGCGGAAGCUCUAUUUCACGGACUCCCAAAAGAGGUCCCUCCUUCUACCCCGUGAUGCCUUCAGCAACUUGAGCUCCCUCCAGCACCUUGCUUUCUUUGGCCUCUGCCUGGAUGGGAACUUGGGUGUCCGGUUACCUCCCAAUCUGCGGCAGCUGACUAUCAAAUUUACCGACCUUUGGAACAUGGGGCUGUUGGCCCACAUCUUCCCAGACCUGGUGCUCGGCUCCUCAUCUGGGGAUGCCUGGACUCUGGAUGUGCUGGACUUGUCAUUCAACAGAAAUCUGACAGUGGCCAGUGCCGGGGCCCUUAGGGGUCUCAAGCUGGGGUCUCUGUAUCUGGACGAAACAAGGAUGGAUGCAGCUGCAGUGGUGGGCCUGGGGCUGCAGGGACUGAAUGUCCUGUCUGCAGUAAGAACUGACACGGCUGAGCUGCCUGCAGCAGCAGUUGCCCUCUUUGAGCUACAGGAGCUGAAUUUGGGGUACAUCCCAAUGCAGAGCCUAGCUCUGGAGGCCCUCGCUCCCUGCCACAGCCUACAGAAGUUGGGGCUCAGGCACAGUGGCCUGAGGGACCUGCCUCCAGGCCUCCUGGCUGCCAUGCCCAGACUUCAGAGACUGAACCUGACUGGCAACCAACUGCAGAGUGUCUCCUUAUGCACCAACGAGCCCCGGGCUGUGUCAGGACUGCGGGUCCUGGAUCUGUCCUGCAACAGACUGCAUGCUCUUCUCCCAGCCUCCUUCUCCUGUUUGCCCCACCUGCGGGAGCUGUGUCUCCGCGGAAACCAGCUGGUGUUUCUGGAGGCACAGGUAUUCCAGGGCCUACGGAGUCUGGAGACAUUGAACUUGCAGGGGAAUCCACUGGUAAAUCUAAGCAAGGGCUGGUUUUCUCCUCUGCCCACACUGACCACUCUAAACCUAGAGGACACCCACAUAGUAUGGGCCCCAGCCUGGGACUUCUGGGGCCCAGAGAGUCUGCACGAACUGAGCCUUCAGCUCCCCUCUGGACCUUCUGGGGCAAUGUUAUCUCUGCCCAUGGGGUUGACCAACUUGGAGCUUCAGGCAGACUCAGGCAGGAAGCAUUGGAAGCUGGCUCCUAGUGUCUUUCCCUCCUUGCAGUCCCUGACUCUAAAGGGCUGGGGACUGCAGCUGGGGACCCAGAACAUCACCAAGAUCUUCCCUGCCCUUCUCCACCUCUCUCUGUCCGGCAAUAGCUUGGCAGCCCUCUGCUCCCAGGGCACCUCCAGCUUCUUUCUCUGGCAGCUCCCCAGGCUCCAGUAUCUAAGGGCCAGGGGGGAUGGGCACAACCCCAGGCCCUGCUGCAUCACGGGGCUGCCUAGUCUACGGGAACUGAAGCUGCAGGGCCUGCAACCCAGAGCCCCGCCCCGUCCAGUGCGGCUUGAGGAGCUAGUGGGUGAGCUGCCCAGGCUUGAGGUGCUCCAUCUGUUUCAAACUGGGGUGGAGACGCUGUCGGCUACUGUUUUCCAGGGCCUGGGAAGCCUCCAAAUCUUAGUGCUAGACGAGGAGAAGGGCCUCGUGCUAGAUGGCAGCCUCCAGGAGCAGAGUCCCCAGAUGCCCCAGUACAUGUAUAUUAUGUCUACCCCCUUGGCCUGCCAGUGUGCCAAUGCCUGGGUAGGGCCCUGGCUGGAGCGGUCCCCCAGAACAUACAUACACAUAACAUCAUUCCAGCAGUGUCAGUCAACAGUGGGGGACCACCACAGUAAUUCCCUUUUCCCCUUUCUCUGGAGCCACUGCCCCAAUACUUUGGGGUUGGAACUCUUUUUGGGGAGCUCUGCCCUGCUAUGUCUGUUGCUCCUCUUGCCCCUCCUACAAGAAGCCAGAAACACCUGGAUCCUCUAUCUGCAGGCCUUGUUCAGGACUUGGCUUCAGGGUCUGAGGGGCAGGAGUGGGGAGGGCAAGAGGUUCCUUUAUGACGUGUUUGUGUCCCACUGCGGGCAAGACCAGGGCUGGGUGGUGGGGGAGCUGCUGCCUGCUCUGGAGGGCUGCUCCCCGGCUGGUCGGGGGCUGCGCCUCUGCCUCCCUGAGCGGGAUUUUGAACCAGGCAAAGAUGUGGUUGAUAAUGUGGUAGAGAGUAUGGCAAGUAGCCAGGCCACUCUGUGCGUGCUGAGUCACCAGGCCCUGCGCACCCCCCGCUGCUGUCUGGAGCUCCGCCUGGCCACCUCCCUCCUGCUGGCUGCCCCCUGUCCCCCAGUGCUGCUGCUGAUCUUUCUGGAACCUGUGUCCCGCCAUGAGCUCCCUCGUUACCAUAGACUGGCCUGGCUGCUCCGCAGAAAAGACUAUUGUGUGUGGCCCAAGGAAGAUGAAAGAAAGGAUGAUUUCUGGGCUUGGCUGCGGGGCAGGCUGGGGGCCAGGCUGGGGCAGUCUGGAUUGGGCUAG